CAACUGUACUCUCAGUGUGAAUGGAGGACUGUAAGCACCAGAAAAACCCACACUUCCACAACACAGAAACUAUGCGAGGCGACUCCCCGGUGCGGUGUCCGGAUACCGUGGCGCUCAGGAGGCGGAUGGGAAGUUGCGAGUCAGACGCAGAGGGCGAGCAACUUUUAUAGACUUUCGAGUCCGCUGUCUGCAAGUGAAGCCCAGUUCAGAGUCUUCGGACUCCGGGAUUGCGCGCGUGGACAGGGUUGAUGGUACACCUCCGUGUUAUUUGGGGAGUCUUGAAGGAAAUCCCUGAAGAACACGUUGCUGCUGCUUGUGAUUGGCAAUGGAGCUUAAAUGAAAGGGACGUUUAUCUGGAUUAACUGAGAGAAAAACGACAGGAUGCAGGAGAGGGACCUACAGAGCAUGUGCAGAAGGGUGCUACUGCUGACCGUCUGUAUGGUGUCCCUCUUGGGGCAGCUGACCACUUCAUCACACCGAAGCCACAUAGUUCACGUGAAGGCAGGAACCUGUGAGGUAAUUGCUGCACACCGAUGCUGCAACAAGAACAAGAUCGAAGAGAGAUCCCAGACUGUCAAAUGCUCCUGCUUCCCUGGACAGGUGGCGGGAACAACGAGAGCAGCUCCAUCUUGUGUAGACGCGUCAAUAGUUGCACAGAAGUGGUGGUGCCAGAUGCAUCCCUGCAUGGAUGGAGAAGAGUGUAAAGUGCUGCCAGAUCUCAAAGGAUGGAGCUGCAGUACAGGAAACAAAGUUAAGACAACUAAGGUCACCCGAUAGUCACGCGUUUCCAGGCGAACCACAUCUGGAAUCAGACGUCUCUUUGACCAACAGAACAGGACAUUUAGGACACAGCGUGGUUUAAGGAUUGGUGGGAACGAGGGACCGCGAGAGACAACGGUCACCUUCGAGGACAAACAGAGGAAACACACCAGGGAACAUCAUGUGACACAUAUUGCCAAACAGAUUCCUGAUUUUUUUUAUUUAACGUUGACAGUAGCCGUCUUUGAGCUCUGCUGCACACCAAAACUGUCUUUGUAUCGUAGAUCUGUUCCUAUGGACCUGAAGACUCAACCAUGAUGAUAUUUAUCGACUUACAGACUCAAGUAACAGGGAACAAAUUCACCCUCGAAACAACACCAUGUGAUGUGAAACUUCUGUGUCAUAUUUCUGCCAUGAGAAGCCCACGGACUCCUGCAGCAGAGCUGUGUGGAAGAUCUUGUGACACGAUAAGCAUUUCCAUUUCUUUUAGCCUUAUGGAUCAAACAUCUCUUCUGUUUUGUUUUGUUGAUUUAAAAAAAAAGUCCAGCUUUUCUUCUUUAUGAGUUUAAUAGAAUGUUAAGUCCUCAUUUGAAAAGCACACGAUACUUUUCAAAUAAUAAAUACCACAGCAAAAGUCAUACAAUGUGACUACAAUGAUAAACAUAGAUGAGUUCUGCCAGUUUAGUUGUAUCUGUGGUUUUUAACGCCUGGCGACUGCUAUUCAUUCCAAAUGUCAGUACUAUCUCAAUAAAUUUAACUCAAAGAA